CUAUUGGUUAUCAAUAUUCUAUCGUUUACAAAAUUACAAAAUAUUAAAUAAUGUUUAUUUAAUAUUUAUCGUUUUAUAGUAGCAACUAUAGCAAACACAAACGUAUUAUGGCGCAACGCAAUACAAAUAAUUCAUCUCACUUUUCUUCUAUUUGUGCUUUAUAAUCCGAGUUGUAUCAAAAAUCAAAAUGUAUACAAAUCAAUACACUCCUCAGUAUUCACAAUAUAAUCAACAAUAUCAACAAUAUCCGUCUAAUUACUACCAAAUGUACAAUUAUAACCAACAACCUGCUUACAAUGUUCCACCGCCAACGCAAACAGCUACGACGUUUAUAACUCCAAAUGUACCCGUUCAACAGCCACAAGUAUCAACUCCUGUACAAAAUGUUACAAGUUUAUGGAUGGGAAGUCUAGAACCUUAUAUGACAGAGAGUUUCAUCACGGGUGCUUUUCAAAAGAUGGGAGAAUAUCCAAAGAAUGUUAAGUUGAUGCGUAAUAAAAAUACUGGUGAAACUGCUGGCUAUGCAUUUGUUGACUUUUAUGAUCCAGUAUCUGUUAUGCACAAACUCAAUGGAAAAUAUAUACCUGGUACUAAUCCACCUGUAAGAUUUAAACUCAAUCAUGCUGGAAAUCCUGGAAAAAUUACUACAAGCGAUAGAGAUUUUUCUGUUUGGUUAGGCGAACUUAGUUCUGAUGUAGAUGACUAUCAGUUAUAUAAAACAUUUGCUUGCCGUUAUCAAUCUAUACGUACAGCUAAAGUGGUUUUAGACAGUGCUGGUUAUAGUAAAGGAUAUGGAUUUAUUCGUUUUGGCAGUGAAGAAGAACAAAAACACUGUCUCAACAAUAUGAACGGUUUUCCAGGUCUUGGUUCCAAACCCAUAAAAGUUAGCAGUGUUAUACCAAAAUCAGAACGUCAUAUUGUUGUUGCUUCAAAUGAAUCUCAAGGAUAUAAGGCUAGUCAAGAUUAUGGACAGUAUUUUGAAACUAACUAUUGGCAUCGAUACUCAAUGUGGAAUCAACCUCAAAGUCAGAAUUGUGUGCUUAAGCCAGAACCAACUAUUGAAACAACUGCUAUUAAAACUAAUGGGAAUUUAAAUUUAGUUGAUUACAAAAAAUCAAUUGAUAUAGAUGCAUUAAACAAAGACCUGGUUACACAAGAUUACAAUUUAUGGGAUGCGCUUGAAAGUUCUAAAUGGUUACCACUUGACACCAUAGAAAUUAUUUAAAUAUGAAUCAGAACAUCAAAUAUUUAAGACCAUUUUUCUAAGUUUAUUUGCUCAAAUAUGUUUUUUCUUGUAUAAUAAUAUUAAAAUAUUUUUUUUAGAACAUAAAAAAUACACUUUUGAGAAAUAUAACUUACGAUAAUUUUAAAUUAAUAAACAACUGAUGAUAUUCUCCAAGUAUCAAUUUAUUAUUUUCUUCUUGUAUGUACAUAUAAAAUAUAGUAUUGAGUCAUGUUUAGAUUAAGUACACGAAAAUAAUAUUUUAUCUAUUUAUAUAUUGUAUUUUUAGUGUUACCUAUUAAAUAGUUUUAAUCACUA